CGCCAGUAGGCCGCCCGCACACAAGGGUGGAGGUCUGGAUCUGGGUGGAGUUUAAGAAGGCUAUCUGUGACACACACUGACAACUGGGAAACCUCCCGCACCAAACUAACAGGUGUCCUCCUCCUUCAGAGCCACUGCGGUCACAUCUCCGGGGGGGCCGCCUGUCCACGACGCACAGUCUCCGUUCCAACCGACCCGAACGCUGCGCUUUGCUUCAUCUCACUCACUUCGAAAAGGGAAAAUCGCUUUAAACCCCCAGCUAAAAAAAAAAGAAAGAAAAAAUGAUGCACUCGGCACAGAAAGACACCACGUUCACCAAGAUCUUUGUGGGAGGUCUUCCUUAUCACACAACGGACUCAAGUCUCAGGAAAUACUUCGAGGUGUUUGGAGACAUCGAGGAGGCGGUGGUCAUCACCGAUCGGCAGACGGGGAAAUCCAGAGGUUAUGGAUUUGUGACCAUGGGAGACCGGGGCUCUGCCGACCGGGCCUGCAAGGACCCCAACCCCAUAAUAGAUGGCCGGAAAGCCAAUGUGAACUUGGCCUAUCUGGGGGCCAAGCCCAGGGUCAUACAGCCAGGUGAGGGACUGGACUACAGCUUUGUUUCCCAACUUCAAGAUAAUCAAGGAUUUGCAUUCGGCAUGCCUCAGAUCCAUCCAGCUUUCAUCCAAAGGCCUUACGGAGUCCCUGCACACUACGUCUACCCUCAGGCCUUUGUCCAACCCAGCAUGAUGAUCCCGCAUGUACAACCUUCUGCUGCUACGGCAACAGCUGCUGCUGCCACUUCCCCAUACCUUGACUAUACCGGCGCGGCGUAUGCCCAGUACUCCGCAGCUGCCACCGCUGCUGCCGCCGCCGCUGCUGCAUAUGAGCAGUAUCCAUACGCAGCCUCACCAGCACCGACAAGCUACAUGACUACAGCAGGGUACGGAUACGCUGUCCAGCAGCCACUCGCCGCUGCUGCCACCCCGGGAGCUGCCGCUGCCGCUGCCGCAUUCAGCCAGUACCAACCUCAGCAGCUCCAGACAGACCGCAUGCAGUAGAGGAAUAAAGAAUACAUUUGAGGAGGAAAGCGGAGGAGGUCACGAAGUUAUUGAGGAGGAAGGUCGCAAGGUUUUUGAGGGGGAAGGUCGCAGUUUUCUGAAAGUUUUAGCUUAGCAGUCCUUCUACCAAAGAGCCUGAAGAAAACCAGCAAUAAUGUAGAGAAAAGUGAGGGAUUGAUGUAUAUUUUAUUCAUGUCGUAUCAGUAUUUUGUCACUGUUGAACGUGUGUGAAUAUUUAAUAUUUAUUCAGCAGGAAAAUAUUUAAUGAAGUACACUCAACAAUUGCUGAAUUUUGUAUAUAUGUUGCAGUGGAAUUUGUAUGCAAUUUCCAAGUGCAUUUACGUCUUAUGAUCAGGUUUCUUCCCAAAACUAACUGAAACACUUGCAUACAUACAAGAACAAGUUUGUUAGGUCAUUAUGCAUUAUGUGUUUCAUAGUUUGGAACCGACAAAAGUUUGGAAAUGCUAUGCACACGUUGAUAUAGAAGUUAGGAUUCUCUUUUUUUUUUUUUAAAUAAUCGUUUGGAGUGAGAUAGAUUAGACAUUGUCAACUAGUUUCCAUUAGAAUGUAUUUUCAUAAUAGUUUGUCAGACAAAAUGUCAGCUUAAGCUGGUAAAAGCACUCUCUUUUCUUCUCCUUAAAUUGCACCUCAAGUAAACUCAGCAUAAGGGAAGAAACAUUGUUGAAUGUGAAUCUUUCAUUUUGACAGAACGUUUCAUAAUGUGCCUUUUUAAAAUUAUGCUAUUUAUGUAUUUAUUUUGGAGCCUCAAAGUAAUAAACCCUUUAUUUUGUGUUGGUAUGAAGCCUACGACAGAACCUGUCCACAUCUGCAGUUGCAUUAUCAUCAAAAGCAUGUGAUGGAUGUUUGAAGUCGGGUCAACAAAGUGAUACACUGUAUAAAGAACAAAAGAUGAGUGGAAAAAGUAGCAUUAACUCCAAUGCAUUUACUGUUGAUCUGAUGUUGUCUCAAAUAGAUUCUUGAUUCUUAAAUGUCCCUUUUUUUACUUGACUGGUUUGAUAAAGGACAGCCUGAGAACUGUUAACUUUUUUAUUAGACAUUAAAUGUUUUCUAAUGCAAGGACAUCGCUUGUUUCCCCUUGCACUUGGUAAUGCAUGUCUGAUGAAUAGUGCAAACAUUUAUUUUGUGAAAUAAAAGGAAAUUUACCUUCAA